AUGCGCCGAAGCUCUGCACUUGCCCGUGGGUUCGCCCCGUUGCGCUCCAAUGCCCCCGCUUCCGCUCUCUUCACCGCUGUGGGCGUGGGUAAACUGAACCAUGUCGCCAUUGCCGUACCUGAUCUGGAGCAAGCCACCAGCCUCUACCGGGACGUUAUGGGCGCCAAAGUCAGUGAGCCGCUCGCGCUGGCCGAGCAUGGCGUGACGACGGUGUUCAUAGAGCUGGGCAACACCAAGCUCGAGCUCCUCCACCCUCUCGGUGAGAACUCGCCCAUCGCCAACUUCCUCAAGACCAAGCCCUCUGGCGGCAUCCACCACAUCUGCCUCGAGGUGAAGGACAUCCACGCGGCGUUGGAAGUGCUCAAGGCCAAGGGCAUCCGUGCCAUCGACCAGAAGCCCAAGAUCGGCGCCCAUGGGAAGCCCGUUGUCUUCUGCCACCCCAAGGACCUCAACGGCGUCCUCGUCGAGCUCGAACAGGUCUGA